UAAUACUUUCUUUUAGGUUUACUAAGAUUUAGGGUUUAUGGCUACAUUCUCGCGAACAAGACGCCUCCUCCUCCUGCUCCUCCGCCGCCAUGGCGCUGCCGAUCGAUCUCCCUCGGCCGCGCGGUACGUCUCCUCCACAGCUCCACGCGGCUGCGGCGCCAAUCCAAAGUCCGCGCCGGUGUCGCCCCGCGCGGCGAGCCGCUACGGAAGGCCCGGCGACGACGGCUACGUGGACGCCGUGGUGAAUCUCCUCGAGAGCAAUCGGCCAGGGCCGGAGAUGGAAUCGGAGCUGGGCGUCCUCCUCUCGUCCAAGCCUGCGGGCUACAAGCUCACGCCCACCACGGUAGGGAGAGUUUUAAACGAGUUAAGGGACGCUGAUGCGGCGCUCUUUUUCUUUAGGUGGGCGUCGCGGCAGCACGGCUUCCACCACGUAACUUACUCGUGGAAUUGCCUCCUCCACGCCAUGGUGCGCGAUAGCAAGCACUUCGAGGCCUACGCGAUCUUCAAGGCCGAGUUCCUGGCGCAGUGUAGCCCCGAUUCUUUCACGUACUCGACGCUGGUGGCUGGUUUUUGCAACGCCAAGGAGAUCGACCAGGCGCUGGUUCUUGUCAAGGAGAUGAUGGACAGUGGCAUCGCAGCGCACGUCCGAGCUCACAACAAUUUGCUCCUGGCGCUGUUCCGAGCCGGGAGAGUGAGCGAAGGGGUGGAGCAUUUUCGAGAGAUGGCCAAGACGUGUGCUCCGAAUAAGUUCACGUAUGGGACAGUGAUCGAUGGCUUGAGCAAGGCCCAGAGAAUGGAGGAGGCGCUGGAUUGUUUGAAGGAGAUGCAUACGACGGGGUUGAUGCCGGACGUUGUCAACUGCAACAUCGUUCUAAAUGGUCUCUGCAAGGCCAGGAAGAUCGACAAGGCGAUCGAGCUCUUCCUGGAGAUGCCUUCGAUGGGAUGCGAACCGACCAUCGUGAGUUACAACACGGUUAUCAGCGGCCUGGCUUCGAUCGAUAAGAUGGACGAGGCUUACAAGUUCUUCAACAGUAUGAUAGACAAUGGCUGCGAGCCCGACGUGAUCGCCUUCACGACUCUCAUCCACGGGUUUUGCAAGGCCGGGCAGCCUCAAGUCGGGCACAUGCUGCUCAACCAGGCUCUCAAGCGCUUCCGGCCCGACGUCUUCCUCUACACGUCAGUGAUUCAUGGCUACUGCAAAGCUGGCGACCUGGAUACGGGGUUUAAGAUCUUGGAGGAGAUGCUGGCGGCCGGAUGCAUUCCCGACGCUGCUGCCUACUUCGUCCUGAUCGAUCCGCUGUGCAAGCUGGGCAGAGUCGACGAGGCUUACGAGCUCUUCGAGAGGAUGCGUAAGUCAGGCUGCCUUGGCGACUAUGUGACGUUCAUGACUCUCAUCGAGGCUCUCUCCAACCACGGGAAGCUGGACGAAGCCUGCGAGCUCUACCGCGAGAUGAUCGAGCGUGGCUACGAGCCGUACCUCGAGGUCCAAGACUCCCUCAUCUUUGCUCUGUGCAAGGCCGGGAAAGUGGACGAGGCCAACGAGAUCUAUCAAACGGUGGUGGCCAAGAAAGUUGCGACCAGUCGAGUGGCUUACAACAGUCUCAUGGAUGGCUACUGCAAGCUGGGGAGAGUGGACGAUGGUCUCAAGCUGCUGCUCCAGAUGGUGGAGUGUGACAACUUCCCGGACAUCCAGACUUACAACAUCCUCGUCGCUGGAUUCUCGAGAGCAAACCGUCUGGACGAUGCCUUGGAGCUGUUCAAGCUGCUCAGCUCUUAUGGCUGCAAGCCCAACGCUGCGACUUACACGACGAUCAUCCAGGGGCUCUACGACGCACAGAGGAUGGAGGAGGCCAAGGCAUUCUUUGACGAAGCGUGCGAGAAAGGAUUCGUGCAGCCGCUAGAGACUGCCGAGGCUACAGAGAAGAGUAAAGACGCUACAACGGAGGACUGCUUGCCGCUAGGAUCCACUACCACCGUUCGCUACAGCCAGCAUUUCGAAAAGGCAAGCGAUUUGAAGCUACUAGAGGUUGAUGAAAGCGUCGUGCAAGAGCUUCUUCAAUCCAGGCUGAGCAUAAAAGGAGGUGUGGAGGAGGAGGCGGUUCUUUGCACUUCCAGGACGACAUACGCUCUAAAGUUCGUCUCGACUUCCAACACAAUGCUGCUGGUUCCUCCAGGAGAAGCUGGCGAUGGUGGAAGUGGCGGCGCUCUUCACGUGAUUGCCACGGCGGGAGGACAUAUGGAGCUUGUGGAGAUAGCUCCCAGAAUAGAUCAACUCAAGGUACUCGUCGGUUCUAGGCCUUACACGGAAGACAGCGAGAACGAGACCGUAGAUGGUCUUUACUCGUGGGAAGAUUUGCUGGACAGCGUCCAGGCAAGCGAAGAGCAGCUCAAGGAUGGGCUUAGAGCUCUUGCUGCAGCGGAAAUAGGUGGUUUUUGGAGGACUGUGGAUCCGAAGUACACGAAGGGACUGCUAGAGAUGAUCCUGGUGACUGCCAUCCAACAGGACUGGAGUUUGAGCUUGCUGCCGCUGGAAGAAUUGGUGGCUGUGCUCGAGGGCGAUGGAUACCCGGCUCAGCUAGUCCGGCACUGCGUAGCAACUUUUGGUGUGGAGGAGCCAUCGUCCUCUUCGUGGAAGCUGGACGAGAAACGGAUCUGUUUGCACUACGCGAGGGAGCUCUUGUCGAGCACAGGGAGAUGGAAGACGAACGAGUUCCUUGAAGCGUGGCAAAGAGCACUGCCGCCGGGAAUGAAAGGAGAGCUGGAAAUGCUCCGGGGUGAGGCGCUGGUUACCAGGCUUGGGUCCGACUCGUGGCUGCACCGCUUUAGCUCGUCCUCUCUGCCUACGCAACCGGAUGCUCGAUUUGCAGCCUUGUUCAAGGAAAGAUCGAAGUGGGAGUGGAACGAUCUCGAGCCUUACUUGAGGGACGAUUUCCAAGCAGAUGGUGAGGAUGAAGCACAGCUUGGUGCUGGAGUCGACGCUAGAGUUUCCAUCGCAGCUCGCGGAGUUUUAACAAGUCCAGCUCUCACUGCAGGAGCAUCUACCAUCUUCGAAGACAUGGAACCGGCUGGAGUAGUCUCGACAGAUGAUCUUCCGCUGCUCAACCUUGGACAGCAUCGCAGCGACUCUGUGGCACUCUCUACAAAUCCAGAAGUCGCUCACCACCCGCAAACUCGCUCCAGGCGGCGUGCUCAAGACCCCGCAAGCGAUGGCGAGAUUGCCACUGUGACCGCACAGCACAGACUCCCCGUCAAGACUGCUCCUUUCGCGUCCUCCAGCCGAGACUUUCUUCGCACUCUCGGCAUGCAUCCCGGCGACGGCGUAGACAUUGCUCAUCAUCGAGUAAGCUGCCAUGUUUCUCUCAUCGAGGCCGAGAAUGGACUGAAACGCGAGCUUUCCAAUCUCCACGUCUUUACUGGCUCGAAGAACAGCCAUCCAGAUCCGCAAGUCCGGCUCGAACGGCAUCGUCAAAACCAUUGUCACUGCUUCGUCCAACCGGUUGGCCCGGCCGAGGAGAUCCACCAUGCAAGUGUAGUGCUUGAUGCUGGGAGCGAUGCCAUACUUCGGAAGCAUGGCGUGGAAGUAGUCCUCUCCCUUCUCGACGAGCCCGGCGUGGAUGCAAGCGUUGAGGAUGGAGAGGAACGUCACAGCGUCGGGUUUGAGCCGGGCCUCUCGCUCCAUCUUCUCGAGCAAGGAGAAAACUUGGUCGCAGCGUCCCUGCCAACUAUAUCCUGCUAUCAGCGCGUCCCAAGCAACGAGAUCUUUGCUCGCAGCGAUGGAGUCGUCAAAGACUCGCUGAGCGUCCUCCAUACUUCCACACUUGCCGUAGAAGUCCACCAGCGAAGUCGCCACGAGUGGAUCUCCCUGGAGCCUGGCGCUGUGGAUCUGUGCCUCGAUCUUCCUUCCAGCGUCGAGAGCUGCGAGGCUUCCACAGGCCUUGAGCGCCGCGAGGAAGGUGGCACGGUUUGGAGCGCAGCGUUCGCGUUGCAUCCGCGAGAAGAGCUCCAGAGCCAGCUGAGGAUCACCACUGUGAGCGUAGCCGUGAAUGAUCGCGCUCCACGACACCACCGUUGGUCGAGCCAAGCUAUCGAAGACUUUGCGAGCGUCCACCACGGCUCCACACUUCCCAUACGCAUCCACCAGCGCGUUGAGCAAGGCCGUGUCCAAGCUCUCCAGAGUCUUCGCUGCUCGAGAGUGGAGCUCUCGGAUCCUCUCGAGGCACUUGAUCUUCACGAAUCGCCCGUCGAGCUGUUUGCCUUCCUCGGUGGAAGCCAAGAAGAUCUCGAGAGCUAUCUCUCCUUGCCCGUCCUGUGUGAAUCCCAGGAUCAAUGCUGUCCAGGUCACUACUGUGUGCUGCUCCAUCCCCUCGAAGAUCCGGAGAGCAUCGCUUAUCCUCCCACACUUGCAGUACAUGUCGAUCAGAGUGUUGGCCACGAAAAUGCCGGAUUCGUCACCGCUUUGGACGAGCUGCGCGUGAAUUCUCCUGCCCGAUUCGAAAUCCCUGGAGCUGCUGCAUACCUUGAGCGCUUGCAAGGCGACGGGAGCGCUCGCGCGCAAUCCGUUUCUCCCCAUUCUCUCCUAAGAGGGAUGUUCUUGUGGAGAGCGGCGAUCCAGAGGCGCUGGAUCUAUCGCUCCGCCUGCAAGCUCCCCAAUGCCGACGCCAGGCAGGUCGAAUCGCUGCUCUGCAUUCUCGAGAGCGCCAAGCCAGGUGAGAAUGUGAGCGAAUUGCUGGGCAACAAGCAUCGCAAGCUCUCCCACGACACAUUCAGCGAUGUCCUUCGCAGGCUGGAGCGCACCGAUCACGCCAAGCCCUUCUUCGACUGGGCCGCGACCAGGAAAGGAUUCACGCACACGCGAUUCACGUACAACGCUCUCCUUCUCGCCAUGGUUCGCGGCCGCCGCGUCAAGGAAGCGAUGGAGAUUUUCAAGGAGAAGAUGGAGAAUCCCGACGCCUACACGUACAACACGCUGAUCCGCGGCUUCUGCCUUGAGAAGAAAUUCCCCGAGGUCUUUGCCUUGCUCAAAGAGAUGGAGAGGCGCUCCAUCGCCAAGAACGCUGUGACUCACGGGAUCAUCCUCAAGGCGCUGUGUGACAGCGAUCAAGUGGACGACGCUCUUAGCUACUUUCGCGCAGUCACUCCAAAAGCGAGCCUGGAUGUGAUCUCUUACACCACCGUGAUCAAGGGGCUGGCAGACUCCAAGAGGAUCGACGAGGCCUGCGAGCUCUUCGAGAAGCUCAAGACCGCGGGCUGUUCUCCAAACGUGGUGGCGUACACCGCAGUGAUCGAUGGACUCCUUAAAGCUGGCAGGAUCGAAGAUGGUCUCAAGAACUUUGAGGAUAUGAGUGGAUCGUCGUGCGUCCCGACGAGAACAACGUACACGGUUGUCAUCGAUGGGCUUUGCAAGGCACAGAUGCUCCCCGACGCUUGCAAAGUUUUCGAGCAGAUGGUCCAGAAAGGCUGCGUCCCGGACACCAUCACCUACACGACUUUGAUCGAUGGCUUUUCCAAGGCCAGCAAGAUGGACGAGGCUCGGAAGCUACUCGACGUGAUGCUCACCAAGGGACCCGAGCCGACGGCUGUGACGUAUGGAUCGAUCGUGCAUGGGUUUUGCAAGCUCGACAUGAUCAACGAAGCCAAGGAGGUGAUCGCGCAAAUGCGAGAGAGGGGGUGUGAGCCGGGGCUCUUCAUCUUCACCUCGCUACUCAGCUAUUACUUGUCGAAGGGAAGGGCCGAAGAAGCGUACCAAGUCUUGACGGAGAUGACAGCCAGAGGGUGUGCACCGGAUGUUAUCCUCUACACCAGUCUCAUCGACUUGCUCUUCAGCACCGGCAGAGUUCCGGAGGCCCGGCACGUCUUUGACAGCAUGAUCGAGAAAGGCUGCGCUCCCGACGCUCUCACGUACGGGACUAUCAUCCAGAACUUCUCGAAGAUUGGAAACGUGGAGGCCGCAGGCGAGAUCUUGGAGCUCAUGGCUAAGUCGGGUGUCGGCCCCGACUGCUUUGCUUACAACUCGCUCAUGGACGGCUACGUCAAGCUAGAGAGGGUCGAUCAGGCCUUUGGUGUUUACGACAGGAUGGUCGCGAGUGGGAUCAAGCCCAACGCCGUGACUUUCAACGUUUUGAUGCACGGGCUCUUCAAAGAUGGCAAGACCGAUCGCGCUUUCUCCUUGUUCAAGGAGAUGCUGGAGAAAGACGAGGUUCCUCCAACGCUGGUGAGUUACACCAUUUUGAUCGACGGUCUCGGGAAGGCAGGCAGGGUGAGCGAGGCCUUCUCGCAGUUUCAGGAGAUGAUCGACAGGGGUAUCAUUCCGGAGUGCCACACUUACACCUCUCUCAUCUACUCUCUGGCGAAAGCUGGGAGGAUCCCAGAGGCGAAGAAGCUUGUGGAGGAUAUGGUGAAGCUGGGAGUGAAUCCCGACGUCCAGGCUUACAGCGCUCUCAUCACGGGUCUCAUCGAUUCUUCCAUGGUCGACACGGCCUGGGAUGUUUUCCAGGAGAUGAUGAAGAGAGGCUGUGCUCCAAACGAAGUCACGUACAAAGUUCUAAGGAGGGGGUUCCGGGCAGCUGGGAGAGCGCUGGAUCUCGAGGCAGUGAAGCAGCAUUUUUCGCAAGGGGUGGCUAUGGAAGCUGGAAGCUGAGAAAACUUGGCAAAUGUUUUUGAGGUUUUAGCGAUGAGAAAGUAGCACGGUGGUGUACAGGGACUUUCGAGAAUGAAGCACGCUCGGGAGAUUCUCUUGUUAAAGUCGAAGACAAACGAAAUCAACUGCAAAUUUGGCGAUUG